CAUUACCGACUGACCUUCUAGACAGACAGAACAGAACAGAACAGGUGUCUCCGUCGUGCACCAUGAAGACUCUCCUACUUUUCGCUACCGUCUGCCUGGCUGUGGCCUACAGUCAAGUACUGGAGCCAUGCUCGCCACCGCCCCUCUGGGAGGCCAGGAUCUCCAGGAUCGACCCAGUGAAGAAAUUCUCGGAGCGUGCGAAGGUUUCCUACGAUGCCGCCAACAGGCGUGUCCGCAGGAUCGAGGAGGUGAACCUUCUCCAGGACAAGGAGUUCUUCGAUGUGCUGUACCUCCACAACACCGAACCCGGCACCGAGUACCGUCUUAACCUGAAGUCAAAGGAGUGUGAGAAAAGGGAGCUUACUGAGCCUUGGCGUCCCUUCGAAGUCCCCCCAAACUCCACCUUCCUGGGUGAGAGUUACAUCGGCACAGGGGCAGAACCAGGCGCAGGCGUCCUGACCGAGCUGUGGGAAAACACAUUUGAGAGCGGAGACAAGUAUUUCGGAGUCUACACCAAGGAGGGCUGCAUUCCUAUCCAAGAGGAAUUCUACAGCAACCGCACUGGCCUUGUCAUGACAUUGUUCUUUGACGUCACAAGUGGCAUCUCCGACCCUAACAUCUUCAUCCCACCGAGAGAAUGCAUGUAGUUACUGCUACUGUACGGACACAAUAGCAAUCAUUAGAGGACAGAAUAGCAAU